AUGGUAGAUACUGGUAUACAAGCAGUUUCACUCGGAUUUACUCAAUACGCGCCGAGAAUGUUUGAAAUUAUUCAACAACACAAGAAAUACUCUGAUAUGCAUCUUAGAGCAACAGCUUUAUUAGAAGCACUCGUUAGAAGCAACAAAUAUGCAAAAGCUGCUUAUUUUGCAAAUCAAUUUGCUUCUGUUUUCCCAGAAAUCAAUGUAAACUUCAAGAUCGAAGCAAUCAGACUUGUCAAUCGUGGUGGCUGCGGAGAUAAAAUGGCUGUUGAAAUUGCUGCUCCAAUUAUUUUGGAAUUAACCAAAAUGCAGCAAGUUUCGCCAAAUAUCCUUGCCAAACUCAUUAUUGAUAUGAUUUCCCGUGCACAAACAUUACUUCCAAGCCAUAUCCAGAAGUCUUUCUUCAAGAAAUUAUCCGCAAUUUCUCUUCCAAACGCAAUUGAAGCAGAUUUUGGCUUUAGAAUUACAAAUGUCAAUGCAGGAAGUGAUCUUUUCGGUGUCCGCCAAAGCGCUACUAAAACUGGUCCGAAGAAAUCGAAUUCAUCUGAUUCUCUUUUCAUUUACAACAGCUUUAAGAAGUCAUCGAUCACUAAAACCGAAUUAUACGCUGUCAUAAAUGAACCUUCAAGUUCUCCAUUGAUAUUUAUAAUCCUUAUUGCGGAUCUCUUCCAGCUGUCAUCUUUUUCCCUGAGCAAUCUAACAUCAGAUACGAGAGAAGAACGGCCAUUUUGCGUCCACAGACUAAUACGACCAUUGAUUUGA